AUGGCUAGUCUAACCAUUGGGUCUGUCAUAAUCAGAAAUCCUUCAUUUUAUCCAUGCCAACUCAACUCAGACUUCAGUUUCCUCAAUAGGAUACCAUUUCCUUUGUUUCAAACUAAAAGACCAUCAAAUUUUGAAUCCAGAACCUCCUAUAUUCCCCCAUGUUCUGUUUCGGAGAGUUCUGUAUCUUCCCCAUUGGAAGCUGAAGCUGAAGCUAUUGAUGAAGAGGAUGAUCCAACCGCCGAGUUACGCUAUCUUGAUCCAGAAGUUGACCCUGAAAGCAUUUCAGAUUGGGAAAUAGACUUCUGCUCAAGGCCUAUCCUCGAUAUUAGAGGAAAAAAGAUAUGGGAGCUUAUAAUUUGUGAUAGUUCACUUUCACUUCAAUAUACAAAAUACUUCCCUAAUAAUGUUAUCAAUAGUGUCACUCUGAAGGAUGCUUUAUUGACUUUGUGCGAUGAACUGGGUUUACCUCUACCAGAUAAAGUCCGCUUUUUCAGGUCACAGAUGCAGACAAUUAUUACUCGGGCAUGCAAUGAGCUUGGAAUAAAACCUAUUCCUAGUAAACGGUGUUUGACAUUAAUUCUUUGGCUUGAAGAACGAUAUGAAACUGUUUAUAUGCGGCACCCGGGCUUUCAGAAAGGAGCUAAACCACUCCUUGCACUGGAUAAUCCAUUUCCAUUAGAACUUCCGGAAAAUCUUUAUGGGGAAAAAUGGGCUUUUGUACAAUUACCAUUUUCAGCUAUUAGGGAAGAGCUGUCGACCUUGCAAGCAAGAUCUACCUUUGGUGCUGGUUUAGAUUUGGAACUUCUGGGGAUUGAAAUUGAUGAUAAGACUUUGAUUCCUGGACUUGCUGUUGCAACUUCGCGUGCUAAAGCACUAGCAGCAUGGAUGAACGGUUUAGAGGUCUGUUCAGUUGAAGCUGAUCUUGCCCGGGGUUCCUUGAUUUUAUCGGUGGGGAUAUCAACCCGCUAUGUUUAUGCGACGUACAAGAAAACCCCUGUGACAUCCAGUGAAGCUGAAGCGUGGGAAGCUGCAAAAAAGGCUUGCGGAGGCUUGCAUUUUCUGGCUAUACAAGACGACUUAGACUCAGAAGACUGUGAUGGAUUUUGGCUACUGCUGGAUUUGCCACCGCCACCUGUAUAA